AUGUCUGGCAGGAGGUCGCGCGGCUCCGUGUCGGAGGAGGAGAUCAACGAGCUCAUCUCCAGGCUCCAGACCCUGCUCCCCACGACGCGCCGCCGCGGCAGCAGCAGCAGCCAGGCGUCGACGACGAAAAUGCUCAAGGAGACAUGCAGCUACAUCAAGAGCCUGCACAGGGAAGUGGACGACCUCAGCGACCGCCUCUCCGACCUCAUGUCCACCAUGGACAACAACAGCCCCGCCGCCCAGAUCAUCCGCAGCCUCCUCCGCUAG